AACACACGUUGCCACCUAAUUUAAUGUUUGUUGGAUAAGUUGCCAGCUGGUUAAGGCAUAAAGUCAUCCCCAUGCCUAUGUGGUAUUUUUUAGUAAAUCCAAUGCGCCCGCCAAUAUCGUGUGUACACACUGUUUAUGAAUCAUCAGCUGUCACUUCUAGAAAAACAACAAGUAAUAGAAAUUGUGUUUGGUGGAAAUUUAAAUUAUUUUUGAAGAAAUUUUUGGACAUUAUGUCUCUUAAUACGGCUCACGCUAAUAAUGGCGUGCUCAUCCAUGCGGGUGAAUACAUAUUGCUGCAUAGCGAUAGCGUUUCGAUGGAGUUUUCCGGUCAAGACAAUCCCUUGUUCAAAGGAUCGAAGACGGGACGCAUUUAUUUAACGUCGCAUCGCAUGAUUUUCAACAGCAAGAAAUCGUCAGAUCCACUGCAAUCCUUCAGUGCACCGUUCGUGGCGCUCUCCGAUGUUGAAAUCGAGCAGCCAGUCUUUGGUGCCAACUACAUAAAGGGAAAGGUACGUGCCCAACCUAAUGGCAACUAUGUCGGCGAGGUAAAGUUCAAAUUGCACUUCAAAGCUGGCGGAGCUAUUGAGUAUGGUCAGGCUCUGUUGCGUGCCGCCAAGACCGCCAUGAACAACUACCAUCGCGGUGGUCUGCCUGGUGACGAUCCUCCACCAUAUGCCCCAGCCGGCGCAUGGCACGAGGCGCCUCCACCGGCAUAUCAGCCACCACCCGGUUACUAUGGUUGGCUGCCGCAACAUGAUGCAUUCAGUGGUCCGGCACCGAAUACGGUGUUCAUCAGCGACAAUCCGCCGCCAUACCCGGGCAUCACACCGCCUACCAAUCAGCCAGCACCACAGCCGCAGCAGCAGCCAACUGAACCCACUUGGUAUGGUUUUUCAGUGCCCCCACAAAAUCCACAGCCACAACAGCAGCCUGGUUAUGGGCCUCAGGGCUGGAAUGGUGGAUACGUGCAGCCACCACCAUAUGCGGCCUGCUCCCCGAACUGUCCGCCGGGUGCUCCCUACGCUAUGCCGCCCGCCGCUGGCGCUCAAGCUCCGUAUGGGGGCUAUAAUUCACCCGGUGGCUUCAACACUCCGGGCUAUAUGCAACCACAGCAACCGAACGGCUACCCGGGUGGAGGUCCACCGCAGCAGCAACCACAACAGCCGCCAGCUGCAGGUCUAGCCACCGGAGCAGCUGGAGGUACUGCCGCCGCUAGUUUUAUGGGCUUCAGUUUGCCACCAGGAAACUCCAAAGAAGCAGAGGCAGCUGCGAGCGCCUAUAACACACAGUAUAAUCAACGUGGUAACAGUGCUCCAGGUCCGAAUGACUUGCCGCCAUCAUAUAACGACUUACCACCCAACUAUAACGAUUCCUCAAAGAAACAACAAUAGACCGGGCUGGUGGUUACUAAUAAGCUUUUUUAUCUGAUCUUAAUGCCAUUUAAUUGGUCCAAUGGUACCGACAAAAACGACAAAAGCUGAUUCUGGAACGCAUUCCUCUAUUCGUCUACUCUCCCCCCAGUAUAUUAAAAGUUGUUGAGAAACUUUACUUGCUUUUGUUUUAGCCGUCUACGGUGAAAAUGUGUUUUUAUUUUGAAUUUGUACACAAAGUGUUUAUUAUUUUGUAGUUGGAUUGUUAGCUUUCGUCAUAACAUUUAGUCACAAAAAUGCCGAAAAUGUUGAGUUGAUUUUUGAAUUUUAUCUGCUCCUUAUAUGUAUGAAUUAUAUAUUAUAUUAUUAUAUACAUAAAUAAACAAUUAUUGUUAUAUCCAUUGUGCAAUAUGAGCACGAGCUUAGAAAUGUGUGAAAAAACAUUGAAAUAAAUAUCUACGUAUAUGCCAUA